AUGGAAGGCUGCAGGUUCAGGAAUCUGGUCUUUGUCUUGAUGUGCAAAAGUGGAAGCUCAGGUCCACGCUUAGGAGAUAAUGUUCGAAUAUACGAAUGUGAGAACAGUGCAGAUCAGUAUUUUGGCUUCUAUGAAAAUGGGGAAAUAGCAAAUGAAAAGUCUAAAAUGUGCCUAAAUGUCGCAGGUUUCGAUGGAAAAGGCAAUAUUGAUAUGCACGCAUGUGACUAUAUGGAUGAUCAAAAUUGGCUCCGACCUCAUCAGUAUUGCGAUGGAGACUAUUGCUCUUUCGUCAACAAAAAGUCUGGACAUUGCUUAAACGUUCAUGGAACGGCAGCCGGGAGCAACAAAGACGUUUACUCCCACAGCUGUACCGGAGAACGAGAUCAACGAUUUAAAUUUAUUACCGGAACAUGGGUUACUCCAACUACAUCAUGGUCUCUAGUAGGUUGCAAUGAGAAUGGGGAAGUCACCCAAUCAAUAAGCAACACAAUCGGCUAUUCAACCUCGGUCAGUGAAAGUACGGCAAUUGAGAUUGGCGCCGCAAUCGAAGCUGGAUACUCGUUUGGUAAAGUGACCGUCAGUACCACCUUCUCAUAUUCUCUAUCAAUGGAGUGGACGGAGAGCCAAGAAAAGUCGGAAGCUAUAUCUUUUACUUGUCAAUUUUAUGAUAACGGCAAACCGUUCAAGGGAGGUUGUAUGUGGCAGCUAAAACUUAUAACUGAGCAAACGACCAACGCCGACGAUGAAUUUGAGUGGACGCCCCAAAAUGUGAGAUGA